GUGUGAAGCUACUUAAAACGUAACUAACUUACCAGAGCGGGGCUGAGAAGAGGAAACGGCGAGAGGACGCCCAAAAUAUAUUUCCUCAUUACCGAAGGUCUCAAGCUUCUUUACGGUGUCAUAGAAAAAAAAUGUCAACGAGCCGGCACGAAUUACCGCCCACUGUGAGCCGAGUUCUGGUCGGCUACCGGAUGAUGCGGAGUUUGGUGCUGCGACACCUCACCUUUGUGUGAAGUCCAGUGAGAAGUUACAGCAACAAGAAACAUGGAAACCGCCCUAGAUUUCAACACUUCUGCCUGGCCCCGCCCCCUCGUUAAUGCCUCUUGUGAGCCAGAGGACGUUGGGGCCUGGCAGCACCGCCUCCUUCACCUGGUUCUGGUCAUCACGAUAACCACCUUGCUGAGUGUCGUCACCUUUCUGGGUAACUCCCUGGUCCUCCUGUCCGUCAAAGUCAACCACCGCCUGCGGACCAUCAACAAUUACUUCUUGCUGAGCCUGGCGGUGGCCGAUCUACUGGUGGGCGUGGUCUCUAUGAACGUGUAUGUGCUGUACGCAGCGUGCGGCUACUGGCCCCUGGGGGUCACCCUCUGCGACCUGUGGCUGGUGGUGGACCACGGGGUGAGCGCAGCAGCUGUCUUGAACCUGCUCAUCAUCAGUUUGGACCGCUUUUUCUGUCUAACCCAUCCGCUAAGCUACCCAGCAAAGCGAACAGGUCAGAUGGCCAUCCUGAUGAUUGCGGCCGCUUGGCUGCUGUCCUUUGCCCUGUGGACACCCGCCAUCUUGUGCUGGCAGACGGCCGGAGGCGAGCGCCUUGUCCCUGAAGACGAAUGUUACCCGCGUCUGCUCGCCAGCCCAGUCGUCACCCUUGGAACCACCCUACCCGCCUUCUUCCUGCCCGCCCUUGCCAUGGUGGGCCUCUAUGGACACGUGUCUGCUGCCAGCUGUCGUCGCCUCAGUGCACUCCGCCACCCAAAAGAGGGUGAUGUCAGGUUGUCAACCUCGUCCCCGCAGCACUUUCUCUCGAAAUGUCGAGGCGAGCUCAUCGGUAACCCGAUGUCAGAAACUCAGCACCAGUGGUGGUCCAACAAUUUCAAACUCAGAACGCCUCGAGCGAUGUCUACAGGAAGUGACAUGUCAGAGAGGACCGGCAUCUCGCCAGGACCGUCGGGCAAAGACGGCGACUCCACCUGCUCCCAACAGUGCAGGGCAACCUCCUCCUCCUCGACGCGUCACAGGAUCGUGGUCAGGGAGAGAAGAGUCACGUGGACCAUCCUGACCAUCCUGCUGACCUUCAUCAUCACCCGGGCGCCGCACAAUGCCAUGGCGUUGGUCGCCGCCUUCUACCAUGUGCGCAUCCCGCACUUCCUGUGGCAGGCGGGGCGCUGGAUGGCCUACCUCAACAGCGCCCUCGACCCCGCCUGCUACGCCCUAUGCAGUGCCACCUUCAGGACCACCUUCUGCAACCUGCUGCGGUGCCGCCGCCACUGAGCACCGUGAUGGGGGCAGCGCCAUCUGAAGGCCAAUGAGUUAAUUACUUGUUUAUUACUCGCCAAUCAACGUGUGCGCGUGAAUGAGUGAAUGAGCUGGUCAAGUUAACCAGGUCUUAAUUUGUGAGCAAGUUUACUUAAUUAGGUCGUAAUGUUUGUGAAUUAUGUCCUAACGAAUGUGUGUGAAUGAGUGAAUUCUGUGUUAAAGUGUGUAUUGAUGUUAAUUAGAGCUUAAUGCUCGUGAAUGAGUGAAUUAUAUAAUGAUUGUGUGUCAACAAGUGAACUAGGUUUUUGUGUGAACAAGUUCAUUUAAUUAGGGCUUAAUGUUUGUGAAUGAGUGAAUUAUGUGUUAAAGUGUGUGUCCAAGUUAAUGAGGUCUUAAAGUGUGUAACUCAUACAUCGUGUUCGAAUUAAUGUGUGAACAAGUGACCUGUGCAUUGAUAAGGCGUGUUAACAUGUGAAUUAUGUGUUAGUGUGAGUCUGAACAAUUUAAUUCGGUCUUAAGGUGCGUGAACGAGUGAAUUGUGUUACAAAUGAACUAGGUCUUUAUGUGCGAAUGGAGUGUGUAGUGAAUUACCUGUUAAAAUGUGUCAACAAGUUAAUAAUGGCUAAAUCCAUCUUUGUGAGCAAGUGAACUGUGGCGAUUAAUUGUGUGAACAAGUGAAUGCCUUAAUGUGUGUGACCAAGUGAACUACCUGUUGACAAGAGGCGAAUUAUGGCUUCAUUUAUGUGCGUGCGUAAACAAGUGAAUUAUGUCUUAAUUUGUGUGCGUGAGCAAGUGAAUGUCUAGUUUGUGAAGAAGUGAAAUAGGUCUUUGUGCGUGUAAAUAAGUGAAUUGCAUCUUAAUGUGUGUGAACCAGUGAAUUAGGUUUCAUCAAUGUGUGUGAACAAGUUUUGUGUUCGUGAUUGUUUGAUUUGAUUAAUGACUGAAUCAUCGCCCGUGUUUAAUUACAUUUCAUCUUUAUUGACUUGAUUUGAUCAUUCAUUGGAUAAAUAAUUUACAAGAAAACACACUUUAAAAUUGUCCUUAAUGAACAAAUGUUUAAUAUUGUGUUUAAUAAUUUAAUCUUAAAUGUGUUUAGAAGUCAUGUUCAAUGUAAAGAUAUGUUUAAAAGUGUUUACUGCUAAAUGUUUAAUAUUAAAUAUGUUUAAAAUCUUG